GUCACAGAAUAUUCUAGACAUGUAUGAUGACAUACAUUCUAUUAUAAGACACGAAUCUUAUACAAGGAGUGAAAUGAUAAUCUUAGAAGAUUCGGAUUUGUAUGCAAUUAUUAAUUAUUUAAUAAUAACAGAUCAUUUUCCUUUACAUAAAAUAUGGGUCCAAAAACGAGUGAAUGAGAAAUUUGUAUGGCUCUUGAAGAAUUAUCGUUCUGAAUUAUCCAUAACUAUUGAUACAUUCCAAUCAUUGAAAGAUAUUCAAUUUCUUCCAUGUAACAACAAAAUAAGUAUAGUAUCCAUAUGGUCAGAAAAUGUUGUAGCUGCGAAGAAUUUUGCAUUAUCUAUAAAUAGUUACCACCUAGUAUUUAUAAAUACAUAUAUGGAUUUCCAUGGUAGUAAUCUACUUUGGAUUUAUAAACACUUGUAUAUAAUUCAAAUGAAAACUGAAUAUGUGAUGUCGAAUAUUAAUUACGAAAAUGAAUCAAUUAAUCAAGAUCAGGAAUCCAGUACGAAUACGGUACAUUUAUCAUCUGUUGUAAAAAUAAAUGAUAUUUUUGUUGGCGAUCUUUUUUAUGAUGGUGCGUGGCAAAAACCCAUAAAGGGCAUGUAUUGGAAGCAUAAUAACUGUUUAUGGGCAAAUGCAACACAUAGCGAUAUAAGAAAAUGCUAUCUAUCUGCUAGGGAAGGAUUCAAAACUUGGAGUAAUAUGUCUAUUAAGGCUAGAAUACAAAUAUUAUCUGGAUUUGUACUCGUAUUAGAACUUACUGGAAAAUUUGUAUUAGCAACUAUAGUAGACAGAUGGAUAAAAUUUCCAUAUUUGUACGACUUUAUACAAGGACACAUUGAAAAUAAAACGAGAGAAAUAUUAUAUAUUCGUAAGCCAUUAAGUGUUAUCAUACUUAAAGAGGAAAAUGAAAACAUUUUGUUUUUUCGAUUGAUACAAACUUUAAUUGCUGGCAACUCUGUCAUUGUAAUGUUUGAUGCAAACUCCUAUAAUCCGUCAUUAUAUUAUGACAUGUUUUCGACGUGUGGAGUACCUCCAGGUGUUAUAAAUUUAUUGUCACAUGAAAAUACAAGUACGAUGGAAUCUAAAUUAUGCUUAGAAGAUUACGCAACGUACGCAGCUAGAUAUUUCUUGAAAGGCACUUCGUUGAAAACAUAUACUAUUCCAUUUAAAAAUCUUACUGUACCAAGAAUAAUUAUAAGCCUUCUUCAAUAAUUUUGAUAAUUUAUGGCAUGGAUGUAGUAUUAAUU